AUGGCUAGUCAUUUCCCAAAUUUGUUCACCGAUGACAACAAUGUUGACUCCAAAGGUUACACUACAAACUCAAAGUCAAUUGAGUUUGGCCCAUGGCAUAUUUCUUAUGAUGUGAGUUGUAUUUUACCCAGUAUGUGCUCAACGAAAGUCGUUUGUGAACGAGAUGAUGACCAGUUUUGUCAAUUUUGUAUAUAUUGCAAAGAAUUGAGUAUACCACACUUUCCUGAUAUGGUAUUUCCAAAAAAUAUUCUUAUUUUAGAACACAACUCUGGUGCAAAAAUAGAAUUUAACCCUCUUGAUGCUUUAAGGAGAGUAUCAACACGGAUUGAAGCAAUUGAGGUUGCAUGUGCCGAAUCUUGGCAAGAGAGCAGACCAGAUGCUGAGAAACAAAAGAAAUCUUUUGAUUGGACAUUUUCAACAGAUUAUAAAGGCACACUGUCUAGUAACAUUACAGUUGAGGAAACAGAUGAGACAAUAAAUUUUGAUUUACUAAAGAAGAAGGAGCAAAUUAUAUUUUACCAUGAUCUCACUUUGUUCGAAGAUGAAUUACAUGAUCAUGGGAUUUCAAAGCUUUCUGUCAAAAUUAGAGUCAUGCCAACAUAUUGGUAUGUCCUGUUAAGAUAUUUUUUAAGAGUAGACGAUGUUCUGGUGCGAUCAAUAGAAACUAGAAUGUUUCAUAUGCUCAACACCGACUAUGUGAUGCGGGAAUUUACAGCAAAAGAGGCAAAGGCAGAAGACAUAAAUAUGCCCACAAUACUUAUGAAGGAAGCAGAUGAUGUUAUACCACAUUUGCCUUUGAAAGAAAAACAUACUGAUAAACUGGUUGUGAAUUCAAGUAAUCAAAAUUAA